AUGAUUGCUACUACUGUCUCAGGCUAUGCAGCUCUCUACCUAGUCCUGAAUUUCCAACCCGCUUUAAUUAUACUUGGGUGCUAUUUAGACAAACGCAGACCUCUGGCCAGUGGACUGGCUGCCGCUGGAAGUCCAGUCUUUCUGUCAGCUCUCUCUCUACUGGGACAAGUGCUACUGGAUCCCCUUGGCUGGAGAGGUGGCUUCCUCAAUGGGGGCCUGCUGUUUAACUGCUGUACCUGUGGAGCAGUUAUGAGACCACUGGGGUGCAAAGUUAAUAAGACUGCAGCCAGGGUAAAGGUGAACACUAAGCUAAAAGAGAUGCUCCCAUCAAAGACUGGUCACAAGAACAGCAGUCUAGAGAAAGCUAAAAGACAAGCCGUCGAAAAGCAGCUUCUUGACUUCAGUGUGCUCCGUGAUGAGGAACUUAUCAUUAACUGUGCCAAAUUCACAGUCGUCCUUGGUCUAUUUUUUUCUAUGAUUCUCUUGGUCAACUAUGCAAAAGAUCAAGGAGUGCCUGACCAGGAUGCUGCCUUCUUGCUCUCCAUUAUCAGAUACAUUGACAUCUUUGCUCGCCCUACAUGUGGCAUAGUGGGUGGCCUAAAUUGGCUUUGACACAAGAUGCACCUUUUUUUCAGCUUGGCCUUGCUUUUUAAUGGCUUCAAAGAUGUUUGCUCAGCCAGAAGUACAGACUAGAAAGGACUAGUCAUCUUCUGUGUGUUCUUUGGUCUUUCUUAUGGUAUGGUGGGUGCUCUGCAAUUUGAAGUGUUGAUGAGUAUUACAGGAACUGGCACAUUUUCCAGUGCCCUUGGUCUGGUUUUCCUUGAAUCAGUAGCUGUGCUCAUUGGACCUCCUUCUGCUGGGCAUUAAGUGGAUGCUUACAAGAACUAUGAGGUGAUUUUCUACAUGGCUGGUGGGUUCACUGCUGGCACGUUCCUUGCUGCUGCAUCCUACUGUUGCCUAAAGAGACAGAGGAACAAGGAACGAGGAACAAGCCUGCCUUCAGGACUCUGA